AUGAGGGAAAGGAUUCAGGACACUCUCGCUGCUCACCGCAACGAGCUUGUUUCUCUUCUCUCCAGGUAUGUUGCUCAAGGAAAAGCGAUUCUACAGUCUCAUCAACUGAUAGACGAGCUAAACAUCAUCGUUAAAGAGGAUGAAGGAUUGCAAAAGCUCAAGAAUAGCCCUUUCAACAAAGUUCUCCAAUCUGCACAAGAAGCCAUUGUCCUACCUCCUUUUGUGUGCAUUGCAAUCCGUCCAAGACCUGGUGUUUGGGAAUACGUCCGUGUGAAUGUCUAUGAACUCAGUGUGGACCAUUUGAGUGUUGCUGAAUAUCUCCAAUUCAGAGAAGAGCUUGUGGAAGGACAGAGCAAUGGAAGUUAUGUCCUUGAACUUGAUUUUGAGCCAUUCAAUGCAACAUUCCCAAGGCCUACAAGGUCUUCAUCCAUUGGAAAUGGAGUUCAGUUCCUUAACCGACACCUUUCUUCAAUAAUGUUUCGGAACAAAGAAAGUUUGAUGCCUUUACUUGAUUUUCUUCGUGCACAUAAGCAUGACGGCCAAGCAAUGAUGAUAAAUGAUCGGAUUCAAACAAUACCAAAACUUCAAUCUGCUCUUGUGAGGGUAGAGGAAUACCUCUCUAAACUCCCACCAACAUCACCAUAUUCUGAGUUCGAAUUUGAGCUACAAGGAAUGGGGUUUGAGAGAGGUUGGGGUGACUCGGCUCAAAGAGUGUCAGAGAUGGUUCAUCUUCUGUUGGAGAUUCUUCAAGCUCCUGAUCCUUCUACUUUGGAAACAUUUCUUGGGAGAAUCCCCAUGGUUUUCAAUGUUGUAAUUGUGUCCCCACAUGGCUACUUUGGCCAAGCAAAUGUCCUUGGUUUGCCUGACACCGGUGGACAGGUUGUUUAUAUACUUGAUCAAGUGCGUGCCAUGGAAAAUGAAAUGCUUCUUAGAAUACAAAAACAAGGACUGGAUGUUAUUCCAAAAAUUCUUAUUGUUACUAGACUCAUACCCGAUGCAAAAGGGACAACCUGCAACCAAAGAUUGGAAAGAAUCAGUGGAACAGAACACACUUCGAUUUUGCGGAUUCCUUUUAGGACUGAGAAUGGGAUUCUGAAGAAAUGGAUUUCGAGGUUCGAUGUCUGGCCUUACUUGGAAACAUUUGCAGAGGAUGCCUCAAACGAAAUCGCAGCCGAGCUGCAGGGUGUUCCAGAUCUUAUCAUUGGAAACUAUAGCGACGGAAAUCUUGUUGCAACUUUGCUAUCUUACAAACUAGGAAUUACACAGUGUAAUAUUGCUCAUGCAUUGGAGAAAACAAAAUAUCCAGAUUCAGAUAUAUAUUGGAAAAAGCAUGAGGAAAAGUACCAUUUCUCAAGUCAAUUUACUGCUGAUCUUAUUUCAAUGAACAAUGCCGAUUUUAUCAUCACCAGUACAUACCAAGAGAUUGCUGGAAGCCAUAACAAUGUCGGACAGUAUGAGAGCCACACAGCUUUCACUCUUCCUGGCCUCUACCGUGUUGUUCACGGGAUCGAUGUUUUCGAUCCCAAGUUCAACAUUGUAUCUCCGGGUGCAGACAUGGCAAUAUACUUUCCAUACUUUGAAAAGGAAAAGAGACUCACUGCUCUGCAUGGUUCCAUAGAAGAACUCUUAUAUGGUACUGAGCAAACUGAUGAGCAUGUUGGUUUCUUAAGUGAUCAAUCAAAGCCUAUCAUCUUUUCCAUGGCGAGGCUCGACAGAGUGAAGAACUUGACUGGUCUCGUCGAGUGCUAUGGCAAGAGCGAGAAGCUGAGAGAGCUGGUGAAUCUUGUUGUGGUUGGUGGACACAUUGACGUGAAGAAGUCCAGAGACAGAGAAGAAGUUCAGGAGAUAGAAAAGAUGCAUGGCCUCAUUGAGAAAUACAACUUGAAAGGCCAAUUCCGGUGGAUAACUGCGCAAAUGAAUCGCGCUCGAAACGGGGAACUUUAUCGUUACAUUGCAGACACCAGAGGAGCCUUUGUGCAGCCUGCCUUCUAUGAAGCUUUUGGUCUCACUGUGGUGGAAUCCAUGACUUGUGGCCUUCCCACAUUUGCAACGUGCAAUGGCGGUCCUGCUGAGAUCAUUGAGCACGGUAUUUCCGGGUUCCACAUUGAUCCUUAUCAUCCUGAUCAAAUGGCUGAGCUUUUGAUUGAUUUCUUUGAAAAAUGCCACAAAGAACCUGCCCAUUGGGACAAUAUCUCUGGCGGAGGUCUUAGAAGAAUCUAUGAAAGGUACACUUGGAAGAUAUAUUCUGAGAGGCUUCUCACACUGGCUGGGGUUUAUGGGUUUUGGAAGUAUGUGUCUAAGCUUGAAAGGAGAGAGACAAGGCGAUACUUGGAAAUGUUUUAUAUUCUCAAGUUCAGAGAUCUGGUGAAGAACAUUCCAUUGGCAGCGGAUGAGCAGCACUGA